AUGGGUCCUUGCAUAUCUCAACAUCCAGUCUCAACUGAAAUUGAUAAACGAGGAAGUGUAUGCUUAGAAGAAGGUUAACUUCAGGAAAAGGAUAAGCCGCAAGAAGUUUAAGCAGAAGCAUAACCAUUAUCAUCUUAUGAUGAAUAGAAUGUUAUUAAAAUUUAAUCAGGAUUUAGAGGAAUGAAAGCAAGAAAGGAAGUAAGAUCCAAUACCAAUAUCUAGGCUGGGCAAGAAAAAGAGUAAUUGGAAAAUACAAAACCAAAAAAUGAUAAUAUUAAGCCUUAUAAUGGAACUGUAGAAUCCUGCAAUGAUUUCAUAAAAGAGAAAUAACUUGUACAUGGAGAAUAUAAUUACAAUACAAUUUAUGAUGAAUAAUUCUUAAAAUCAAGAUUUUUAACUCCUUAUGUAAAAAAUUAGUUUAUUUCAGCUAUUAGAAGAUGGUUCAAUUUAUGAGGGAUAAUGGAUGAAUGGAUUGAGGGAAGGCAGAGGAAAAUUGAUUUAUCCUGAUGGUUCUAUUUAUGAAGGCUACUUUUUAUAAGACUAUUAACAUCUUCAUGGAAGAUUAAUUAUGGCAUCAGGAGAUUUUUAUGUAUAGAAUGAUAUUUAGUAAAUAGUAAGGGGAUUUUAAGUAUGGCUAAAUAGAAGGCAAUGGGACAUAUAAAUAUGCUGAUGGUACAAAAUAUGAAGGUGAGUUCAAAAAUAAUAGGCAAAAUGGUUUUGGCAAAGAAACAUGGCCUGAUGGAACAAAGUAUGAAGGAAGUUAUGAUAAUGGAGUUAAAUAUGGAACAGGCCGAUUUUAAUGGACAGAUGGAUCGAUUUAUGAAGGCAGUAUAGUAAAUGAUUAAAUGGAAGGUAUCAAUUUAUAUUCAUUAAUUUUAGGAUAUGGAACCUUUGUAUGGGCUGAUAAGAGGAAAUAUAAUGGUAAUUGGAAAAAUAGUAUGAUGAAUGGUCAAGGGGAAUUAUUUUAUCCUGAUGGUAGAUAUUACAAAGGUAGAAUAAAACUGGAUAUUAUUUUAGGUUAAUUUCAAAAUGAUCUUAGAAAUGGGGAUGGGACAUUCUUUUAUAAUGAUGGAACAAGUUAUUUUGGACCAUGGAAAAAUGAUAAAUAACACGGAAAAGGAACUAGAAAAUAAAAAGGAGGUCAGGAUGAAGAGUAAGAAUGGAAUAAUGGAUCUAGACUAAUUUGA